GGGCUCUCUGUCGAGAUACUUUUUUGGGGGAAUGAUGGGGGCCUGCAACGUGUCUGUGUGUGUUUUUUAGAGAGAGUGCUGCCCACUGAAUCCAUUCGCGUGAGUGUGUAUUAAGGCCGACGUCUCUGCCUCGGCUCGGCCGCCAUUCUACGAUGCCUCUGCCUGUGCUUUGGAGUACUCGCACUCGCUCGCUCACUCGCACUCCAGUUGCUGCUGUUGGUUCGUGUGGCUAAAGUGGCUAUUGCUCUUGGCUCUUGGCUGCUGAGCUGUCGUUGUCGGUUUGUCGGUUGUCGUUGCUGUGUUCUCUGCUGUCCGCUGCCGCCUGUUGAUUGUACGAGCAGUUGGCUCUGGGGCUAGCGGCGCGUUUACGUCAGAGUUACACACGAACGGAUGGAAGGGACGGACGGCCGUUAAUAAAGACAAAUAAAUCUAAAAUAUAGUACUGUCUUCCCACUCCUCUGCGCUGGGUAAAUGCAAAUGCAAAGAACUUUCGAAAGCCCCGCGUGUGUGACUGAUAAGAUAACUGCGCGAAUAAAAAACGAAAACGGGAUUUGUGCGAAAAAGUGAUACUCGGCUCCCUAAUAAGGGGAGAAACAUAAAGAGAUAUCUAUAUAUAAAUCCUAACUGUUACAAAGAAGUGAAAAAGUCGGCUUAAUUGUCUAAAAAUGUAACAAAAGCAAGUGUGGCCAGCCGACAUAAAAGAACAAUAGCUCCAAAAGCUAAAAGAAAAAGUUGUGAUCUCUCCGACAAGUACUUACUUACAUGUGUGCAGUGCACCGUACACACAAACACACUCUUACAGAAGACAAGAAAUACAUAGAGCAGCGAAGCAGCAGGCAGCAGGUGAAGCUACAAGUGGAGCUACCGUUCUCGAAGCAGAAACAGAAACAGCAACAGAAGCAGAAUCAGCAGCACAAUGGAAACACCUGACCUGAACCGUGGCGAUACCACACGGAAGAGUGUCCGGCUCUAUGCAGCACGCAAGGGGGCGGCCCCGGCGCCGCCCAAGCUAUCCGUACCCCUUACCGCUAGCACCACAACCACCUCCAGCAACAAUAACAACAGCAACAACAACCAAAGCGACGGAAUCUUGCCGGAGCGUGAGAGAACACUACUUGCCAGUUCGAUGAGGACUCCAGCUGGUCCCAGCCACAAGGAUCUCGAACCCGAUCUCGAUGGCAGCGCCCAUGUGCAGCCCGAAGAUAACAACGGGGACGGGUUGGGGAUUGUAGAGCUGCGACGACGCGAUGCGAAGCCGCCCCUGCCGCGUGUGGCCGUCUCCGCCAUGCCGACCCUGCACCCACAGCCCAAGGAACGACAGAAGCCGCCGCGCACCUUGAUGACUGCCGAGGACGACGUGGGAGUGACCUUCGCCCUGGGCUCUAUAGAGAAGCACAUCCACAAUGUCGAGGAGAGCUUCAAGCAGCAGCAACACCAGCAACAGUCACAGUCCUCGAUGGACGUGAUGAAGAUGGAGAUAAUGCGCAAGCAGAGCAAGCGGUACGGUGAAACGGAGAACCUUCUAAGGUCAGGCAUCAGUGACAUGUCGUCGGAGAAUGACUUUCAGUACCUGGGUGGACGGCGUGCCGAGCUUGAUGACAGCAAUGAGCAGAUGCUCUCCGAGUUUCAGCGGGGCAGCGACGGCCGCAACUCCAUUGGUGCAUAUUCCAAGAACACGACGGUCGCCUCUAGUGGCUCCGGAGCCGUCAAAAACAAGCUGGCACGCACCGCCUCAGACACCAAGAACACGGACACAGUGCUGGCCAUGCGGGCCACCCUAAAGCAGAAGCACCAGCAUCCAGAUGAGAAGCAGGCGGCACAGGCCUGGCGACCAGCUGGGACAGCACCCACGCCUGCUGUGAGGACCUCCACCAGCCGUGGAGGCAGCAGCAACAGCGUUGUGGAUGGCAUUACUUCGUCCAAACUGACUGCCCCCACAAUAUCGGCGUCCAAGCGGCGGGAGGAAAACUUGCGCCAGUUUGAGGCGCUACUGGCACAAAAAUCCCAUCGUCAUGCAGCAUCGGGCGGGGCUGCCGGAACUGGGAGCGGUGCCAGUUCCAGCUCCAAGCGGCGCUCGGAGCGGCCCAUUGUGGCACCCAUUCCGCCGUACAGCUCGAUCCGUACCGAAGCUGUACCCAGUUCGCACGCGGUGCGAUCGAGCGUGGAUGCGCGCUCCGGAUCUGGCUCCAGCUCGGGGUCGGCAUCUGUGACGGCUGCCCCAGCUGUGGGACACCAUCGCACAACUCCUCCGGCACCCAAUGCAGUGGUGAACCGCAGCAAUGCGUACAGCAACCAUGCUGCACAGGGUUCCCCGAACAUGCAGAUGCGAAGCAGUGCUCCCAUGCGAUGGCGCGCCACCGAAGAGCACAUCGGCAAAUACAAGCUGAUCAAGACGAUCGGCAAGGGAAACUUUGCCAAGGUGAAGCUGGCCAAGCAUUUGCCCACUGGCAAGGAGGUGGCCAUUAAGAUAAUUGACAAGACCCAACUCAAUCCUGGGUCACUUCAGAAACUCUUCAGAGAGGUUAGGAUAAUGAAGAUGCUUGACCACCCCAAUAUUGUGAAACUGUUUCAAGUAAUCGAAACGGAAAAGACCCUGUAUCUGAUCAUGGAGUAUGCGUCGGGUGGCGAGGUCUUUGACUAUCUGGUACUACAUGGGCGCAUGAAGGAGAAGGAGGCACGCGUUAAGUUUCGACAAAUCGUCUCAGCUGUGCAAUACUGUCAUCAAAAGAGAAUUAUACACAGGGACUUAAAAGCGGAGAAUCUUUUGCUGGACAGCGAGCUGAACAUAAAGAUAGCUGACUUUGGGUUCUCCAACGAGUUCACGCCCGGCUCCAAGCUGGACACGUUCUGCGGCAGUCCACCGUAUGCGGCCCCAGAGCUAUUCCAGGGCAAAAAGUACGAUGGCCCCGAGGUGGAUGUGUGGUCGCUGGGCGUCAUCUUGUAUACGUUGGUGAGCGGUUCCCUGCCCUUUGACGGCUCAACAUUGAGGGAGCUGCGCGAGCGUGUGCUCAGAGGAAAAUAUAGAAUCCCCUUCUAUAUGUCGACGGAUUGUGAGAAUUUGCUACGCAAAUUUUUAGUACUGAACCCCGCAAAGCGUGCUAGUCUAGAGACAAUCAUGGGCGACAAGUGGAUGAAUAUGGGGUUUGAGGACGAUGAGCUCAAGCCUUAUAUAGAGCCAAAAGCCGAUUUAGCCGAUCCCAAGAGGAUAGGUAAGACGGAAGCUCUGGUCGCGAUGGGCUACAAUCGACUAGAGAUUGAAAACUCGCUCUCGCAGGUGCGCUACGAUGAUGUGUUUGCAACGUAUUUGCUGCUGGGACGCAAGAGCACAGACCCGGAAAGUGAUGGAUCGCGAUCGGGCUCCUCACUAUCACUGCGCAACAUCUCUGGCAAUGAUGCGGGCGCCAAUGUGGGAAGUACGGGAGUGCAGAGUCCCACACAUAGAGGGGUUCACAGGAGCAUAUCGGCGUCUAGCACUAAGCCUAGUCGUCGAGCCUCGUCCGGUGCGGAAACAUUGCGCACUGGACCGGCAAAUGCAGCCGUAACUGUGGCGGCCGCUGCGGGAGCUGUGGGUGCGGUCAAUCCAAGCAACAACUACAACGCUGCAGGCACAGCGGCGGAUCGUGCAUCAGUUGGCAGCAAUUUCAAGCGCCAAAACACCAUCGACUCGGCCACCAUUAAGGAGAACACGGCGCGCUUGGCCGCACAGAACCAGAGGCCUGCUUCGGCCACCCAAAAGAUGCUCACCACGACAGACACAACUCUGAACAGUCCCGCCAAGCCGCGUACGGCAACGAAGUAUGAUCCGACGAACGGCAAUCGCACGGUGAGCGGCACCAGUGGCAUCAUUCCACGCCGCUCCACAACGCUCUACGAGAAGACCUCGUCGACGGAGAAGACCAACGUUAUCCCUGCAGAGACAAACAGCGGAUCGGCAGCUCCCGCUGGAAAAGGUCAUACGAAAAGCGCGUCUGUAUCGAGCCCUCGCCCCUCCACAGACGGAUGCGUCUCAGUCUCGAAUGACCCGCUCGGAACGAGUCUGUUCGAUCGACUUAGAAUGGCAUCGGCUGUUAAAUCAAGCAGACACUUUCCAAGGAAUGUUCCAUCACGUUCAACCUUUCACUCUGGUCAAACCAGAGCACGAAACAACACGGCGCUGGAAUACUCGGGCACAAGUGGGGCCUCCGGCGACUCUUCCCAUCCGGGGCGUAUGAGCUUCUUUUCCAAACUCUCCUCACGUUUUAGCAAACGGCCAAACCAGUAAUUAACAAAACAAGCAUUAACUACUUCUUGUUAAUAGUUCUAAAACUGAAACUGAGACAAACGAUUCCCCCUAGAGUAAACGCGCGUGACGGAGAGGUACAGAGAGAGAAAGUGAGAGAGCGAGAGAGAAAGAGAGAGAGAGAGAGAUAUGAUAUGAACAGACAGAGUACAGAGAUAAGGUCGAUUCAGAUUGGAUCGGGUUAUUUUGCUCCGCGUCGUUUCGAUACCGAUCCGAUCCGAUACGAAUACCGAUAACGAUACCGAUACAGAAUAUCGACUACGUUUAACUGCUUUCGAUUUCAAUUCCGAUUCCGAAAAUGGUUCGAGCCGCUUACAGCCAGCUGCCCCUCAAAUGAACACCGACAACGUUGAGUUCCGUUGCGUUAAUUGCGUUGCAAAUUUCACAAAUGCGCCUAUGUUUUAUUACAAUUAUUAACUAAUUAUACAUAUACAUUUAUAUAAAUUAAACAUACAUAUACAUAUACAUAUAUAUAUAUAUUUAAAGUAAAGCAACAGCAAACGCAAAUUACGAACCCUUUGUUUUCAUUGUUUGCAAAACGAUGCGAGGAGCGAGCAGCGCAUGGAAGAACAUAAAUGAGCAGAACAAAUGAAUGAAAUGAAGUGAAAUUAAACGAAAUUGCAAUGAGAAAAGCGCAAGAGGCGGCGAUACGAUAACGAUACUCGUGAGCACUCGUGUAAUAAUGCAAUAAAUCAGAGAGAAUGCUGACUGCAGUUGCUGUCUGUUACUGUCACGAUUAUGGAUCCAACACCAACUACUAAAUAUUACACCUACGAGAACUAUACCUAAACUACACAUAAAUAAAAUCUAUUAUGGAUAUUACAUCGUCACGGAAGCACGGAAUCAUGAAAUGAAGUGAGCAUCAGCGAAAACGUGGCGGAGUAACACAGAGUAGUAGUUCGUACAUUACACUGAACGUUAGCCUUAACUGAACUCAACUAAACUAAAAUAAACUGAAACCCAAAUCUAAACCGAUCGAUCUAAGCUGAACUGAAAGUAAAAUCAAUAAAACACCAAAAUAAGUUGCUAAUUGUGUAACUACUGUACGAUCUUAACUUUUAUUUAGCAAUAUCUGUAGUUGUAUGUAUGUAUGUUUGUAUUGUAUGUAUGGACUGUAUUUGUAUUCCAAAUUCCGAUUUGAGCUUGCACUAAAUUGUAUCCGUGGAUCAUACAAUCAGACAUCAGCCAGCGAGCCAACCAGCCAGCCAGCCAGCCAGCCAAUCAACCAAGCAACCAACUAACGAACUUGCAAUUCAUAAUUCUCACCCAAUGCUCCCCCCCCCCCCCCCCCC